AUGAAGCUUUUCAACUCUUUUCUUUUCGCCGUCGCUCUUUCCCAAACUACCGAGGUGACUACUACCACUGGCGACGGUGAUCUCGCUCGAAAGCGAAACAAGAAGAAGAAGAAUUACACGACCACUGCUGCCCCAACAACGACUGAUUUCCCAACUACCACUGCUGCCCGAACAACGACCACCGAGGAGCCCACCACCACCACCGCCGCCCGGACCACGACGACUGAAGUUCGAACUACAACGGAGGCAGCUCCCGUCUACACAACUACUUUCGCUCCUCAAGCUACCGAUGCCCAAACCAAUGUUUACUUCACUACCGGUUACGACCCAGCUCCCCAGCAAAAUUACAACUACCAGGAGGAAAAGCCGGACAACAGUGAUGCCGUCGUCGCUGCCAUCCUCGACGCUGUUGUCGCCAACAGACCUCUACGACCAGAAAGCGACGAGGAAGCGGCAGAAUUGACUCGAAAAGAACAGCAGCCUGACUUUGCGCGAUACUGUUGGCGAUGCAACGUCGGUGGAAACUUCCGACUGGAUAAGGCCGGUCUUGCCGCUGCGCAGAACAAGUGCGUCGCCGAGGGACACAUCGAGGUCUGCUACAAGGGAAACAAUGGCUGCUAUACCGAAACUCGACUGAGCCCCGGCCAAGAUGGCGAAACAUUCCUGACGAUGGUGGACAUGGGCUGCCAGGAUUACGAUCAAUGCAAGAAAUCCCAAAACUACCUCUUCAAGCCAAAAUAUCCCCAGUGCCAGCCCGAAGGAAAGCAGUCCCACUGCAAAAACUGCUGCGAAGGCGAGAAACAGUGCAACCUUGCAUGGGUCGCCCGACGAGGACUCAACCAGAAAGAUCUCAACGAAUGGCGACAUCAUGAAUAUUGA